AACCGUCCAGCCCCUGUGGAGAUCUCUUAUGAGAACAUGCGUUUUCUGAUAACUCACAACCCCACCAAUGCGACUCUCAACAAGUUCACAGAGGAACUUAAGAAGUAUGGAGUGACAACUUUGGUUCGAGUUUGUGAUGCUACAUAUGAUAAAGCUCCAGUUGAAAAAGAAGGAAUCCACGUUCUAGAUUGGCCGUUUGAUGAUGGAGCUCCACCCCCUAAUCAGAUAGUAGAUGAUUGGCUAAACCUGUUAAAAACCAAAUUUCGUGAAGAGCCAGGCUGUUGUGUUGCAGUGCAUUGUGUUGCAGGAUUGGGAAGGGCUCCUGUGCUAGUUGCACUUGCAUUGAUCGAAUGCGGAAUGAAGUACGAAGAUGCUGUUCAGUUCAUAAGACAAAAAAGAAGAGGAGCAUUCAAUUCCAAACAGCUGCUUUACUUGGAGAAGUACCGACCUAAGAUGCGAUUACGCUUCAGAGAUACCAAUGGGCACUGCUGUGUUCAGUAGAAGUAGAGGAAGGCUGGCUGGAUCGUGGCAUUAGAGGGGACUCUUGGUACCUGGAAAUGUGAAUCUGGAUUCUUACCUGUGUCAUCAAAGUAGUAAUGGAUUCAGUACUCCUCAACUCCUAAUGAUUGAGAAGAAGGCAAACGAUAAAGAAAUCCCUCUAUUACACGAAUAAAAUGUUUAAGAAAAGAAAAAAGAAAGGAAAAGGGAUUAAUUUAGUGAAAGAUGGUUUUGCUCCUAGUUUUGAUUUCUGCCAGGAUUGAAUUAUUUCAAAAUAUCCUGUGUUUUUUAAGCUUUUUUCAAAAUAGAUGUCUGAGGGAACCCAGCAGAAUAUGAACCAGUGUGGAGCCGGUUGUGGGAGCACACUUCCAUUAUGCUUGGCACAUAGGCCUCCUUGUGGCGGGAUCUGGGGGAGGUAGACUUGCCUCAUUUUCUCUCUUCCUGCCUCCCUCCCUCCCUUCUCCUGAUCCCCGUAGAUGGAGUAGAAAGCAGCCCUUGUUGCUGUAGAUGUGCGUGUGUCUGGCAGCCUUAAGCCCACCUGGGCACUUUUAGGAAAAAAAACAAAAAACCAAAAAAAUAAAUAAAUAAAAAUAAAAGCAAAGAAAAGGCAGUGGCGCAUAUAUUCUGUGGUCCAGGCUGUUUCUAGUCUAUUUUUUUUUUCCCCCUUGUACCCCUGAUAUACCAUUAUGGUGUGGAAGGUAGCCAGGAGCCUUUGGUUUUAUAAAUGGUGAUGAAAUGACAUCCUAAACAGAGUCUUUCUCCUGUAAUUUAGCUGAGAGAAUCCUUUUUCCCAACAGUGAAACAAGUGGGCCUCCUAGAAACUUUAUUGCAGAGAUGACUGGAGGCCAUUGUUGGUGUGUCCAGGAGAAUUAGCAUGUUUCUACAAGUGUAGUGGACUGUAGAUCUGCUAUCUAACAAUGUCAUGGAAAAGUGGUAUCUCAAAAUUUUAGGACUGAUUUCAGAAAUAGUCAAAGGAGCAACAGAACAUUCAUAGUAGUUUGGUCUUCAGAAAUGCCUAUAGUUUUCCAAAUUAUUCUUGUACAGUUUUAUUUGUACAGUUCAGUGUAACCACCUAUCACCUUGUUAAUACUAGAUUCUUCUGAGAUUAAAAAAGAAAAAAUCACUGUCAGAACUAGCCUUGCCUAGUGAGUAUGCAUCCACAGGCUGGAACUGGGCAGAAGAGCAACAGUAGGCAGCCCAGUGAGCAGCACAUGCUCAAGGCAUCGCGUGGAAGUGGUGUGGCUUCUCUGCUCAGUGUGUUUUUCCUUAUUUGUGGAAGGCAGUUGACCAGACACAGCAAACGGAGGGACACCUCUGUGUACCCUCUUCACCUGAGUGUUUGAUAACCAUCAGUACUCUGCUACAAGCCUUGAGUGCAGCCGUCACUGGAUUUUUAUUGUCAGGCCAGUAGGAUGGAUGACAUCUCAUUGAUGGUACCCAGAUGUUAGUGGCUUUCUGAAUUGCCUGUUUACUGUUGAUGCAAUUGAUUGGAUUUUUAACUAAAUGCAAAUACCUUCCUGCCUCAUCCCAGAAAAUGAAAAUUAAUGCUUUUGACACUUUCUAGAAUUUUAAAGUUGAAAAAUGAUGAUAUCUAGAAAUUCUUACUUCAGAGCAUGACAAUAGAUUUCUUUAACAAAGAUUCAAGAUGAAAUUUCUUACCUAAAAGUUUAGGUUAACUGUUGACUCCAAGGAUUUUGAUCAAUACCACCCAAACCUUUUCCACUUGACAUGCUCAGAAUUUUGGUGUGUGUGUGUGUAUUUGUUCACGAGCACAGUAGCUCCCAUGGGGGGUCUGCACAUGCAGGUGUCCACCAGCAUCAGCCUGCCUGAGGUAGUGUCAUUCCUGGUUCUGGGGAAGAAGGGUGUGUGAAGGAGAAUAAAGCAGCCCUUUGUCUUAAAGAAGCCUAAUGUUAAUUGUUCUCAGAACUGGACGGUUCCCCCCCCCUCAAAAUUAAAACUUUUUCUUUUGGAUUUAAUGAAGUAUUGCUAACUGAAGCCAGUUUGACUUGUGAGAGAGGUUAGACUGACAGAGGUGUGCAGCCUGAUUUACAACCAAACCCUGAACCCUUUUGAAGAACAAUAAAACAUAUUUUACAUGC